AACUGCUAUUGCCUUCAGUUCUGAAAUUUGUUAUUACUUAAGAAAAGGGACUAGUACAAAUCACAGGACCAUCUGUUAUAUGUAGUAUUAUAUCCUGAAAUAAAUUUUAGACCAAGAAAAUGACUGAGCCUCUUUGUGACAUGGAAGGCAUGAAAUGCAAGCUGAAGACUCUUACACACCUGGAGGUGGAAAGACAUGAUAUGAAUACACUCAGUUUGCCUCUUAAUAUUCGCCGGGGAGGUUCAGACACUAACCUCAAUUUUGAUGUACCUGAUGGUAUAUUUGAAUUUCACAAAGUAAAACUCAGUGCAGAUAGUCUGAAACAAAAGAUUCUGAAAGUUACUGAGCAGAUAAAAAUAGAACAAACAGCUCGGGAUGGGAAUGUGGCAGAGUACUUGAAGCUAGUGAACAGCGCAGACAAACAACAAGCUGGGCGAAUCAAACAAGUCUUUGAAAAGAAGAAUCAGAAGUCUGCCCAUUCCAUAGCCCAGCUGCAAAAAAAACUGGAACAAUAUCACAAAAAACUAAAAGACAUAGAACAGAAUGGCUCCUCCAAAAGCACCAGAGAUACUUCCAAAGACAGCCUAAAGGAAAUCCAAAACUCUUUAAAAGAUGCACAUGGAAAAGCUCGUGCUACCGGCCAGGGCAAUGAAAGCAGCAAAACAGGGGUUCCAGGAGUCUCAUUGACACCCCCAGUGUUUGUUUUCAACAAAUCCAGAGAGUUUGCAAAUCUGAUUCGGAAUAAGUUUGGUAGUGCUGACAACAUUGCUCACUUGAAGAGUAGCUUAGAUGACUUCAGACCAGAAACUACUAGGGCAUACGGUGGUAGUGCCACAAUAGUAGCCAAGCCAAAAUACACCAGUGAUGACGAAUGCUCAAGUGGAACAUCUGGAUCAGUAGACAGUAAUGGAAACCAGUCCUUUGGCCAUGGUGGGGCAAAUGCUUUGGACAACCAUGGAAAGCUUUCCAUAUUCUUGGAAGAACUGAGAGAAAUAAAGGAAGCACAAUCCCAAUUAACAGAAGAUAUUGAGAAUUUAAAAGUACAGUUCAAAAGAGAUUAUGGCUUUAUUUCUCAGACCUUGCAAGAGGAAAGAUUCAGAUAUGAGCGCUUAGAAGACCAACUAAAUGAUCUAACAGACCUUCAUCAACAUGAAACAGCCAAUUUGAAGCAAGAACUGGCCAGUAUUGAAGAAAAAGUAGCAUAUCAGGCUUAUGAGCGGUCACGUGAUGUUCAGGAAGUUUUGGAAUCUUGCCAGACACGGGUUGCUAAAUUGGAGCUUCACCAGCAAGAACAGCAAGCGUUACAAUCAGAAACUGUUAAUGCCAAAGUCCUACUAGGAAAAUGUAUAAACGUAGUCUUGGCCUUCAUGACUGUUAUCCUAGUAUGCGUCUCCACCAUAGCAAAGUUUAUAGCUCCUAUGAUGAAAACCCGUUUCCAUAUUAUUUGCACAUUUUUUGCAGUAACUCUUCUUGCAAUUUUAUACAAAAAUUGGGAUCACAUUAUCUAUGCCAUGGAAAAGAUAAUUAUAACAAGAUGAAACCACAAGUAUGGAGACUUUCUUUUUUUAUUAUUUUAGACAUCCAAACAAACUAAGAAAUCUUGUAAUCUAACCAGACAGAUUAGAUGAAGACUUUUUUUUCCACCUGGACAUAAGCAUGUAAGACGGAAAACUCCUGAUAAUGCUUUCACCUUAUCAGUCACAGUGUAAGGAAUGAAGUGAAACUGUUAUGAAAUGGAUGAUGUGUAUACAUCUUUUUGCCUUAAUCCAAUCAACUUUUCUACACUGCAGAUUUCAGCCAAAUUGUGUAUUAAAGAUAUUAACUAGAUAAGUGGGAAGAAUACAGGUAGCCCCCAGUUUAAGAAUGAGUUCCAUUCCCAAGGUCUGUCCUUAAGUUGAAUUUGUAUGUAAG